AAGUCCACUGCGCUGUCAAAUUAUCGUAACGUCUCAUUUGAAUUAAUAAUAAACAUGUCCAAAUCUCGUGUUUGUGCGGAAAAAGUGGCCAAGGCUUGCACCAAGAAGACAAAUUUAUUAGUGUACGAACGGAAAAAAGGAGACGGAUGCCAAAAGACAAAACCCUACGUACCUCCCAUAUCGAACCCGCAGCUCAAGCGGAUACGAAUAUGCACAGGGGCGGAAUUGAAGAAAAUGUGCCCGCCGCCGCCGUGUCCGUGUCCACCACAACAAGCGAAACGCGAUCUAGGUCUGCUUUCCAAGUUGCUGCGGAUCCUGGGCUUCGGAGCCAAAAGUUUGCUGGCUGCUAGCGCUAUUUAUCUCACAUAUGAUAUGGGAAUUUGGGGCGAUUCAGAGUCUACGGGGAAGCUGUACAAGAGCAUUUGUGACGCAGUGUUGCCAAAUAUCGUUGAACCUCAGGUUAGGGAGAAAACGUUGACGCCGUCUUGCCAGGCAGAGAGAGAACUAUUUCAUAUGUUCGAGAAGGACCCGUAUUGUUGCGACAAAUUUCCGAUAGAUCAUGAAACUGGAGUGUACGAGCUACAGCAGAAGUGGAACAGAAUGGUUACUGCCACCUUUUCCAGCCUUGCCGGAUUUCCUGCUCGUAUGAGGAAUUGGUCACACCGAGUAUAUUGUAAAAUGUUCGAUUCGGAGAGCUGCAAGGAACUUGAAGCACAAGAGGAGAAAGGCGAAUGCUGUCCGUGUGACUGAGGCAUCGAGUAGGAAAGUCAAAAAUAAACAAAAUUUGAAAUAGUGGAAACGUUACGAAAAUAAAGCAGCUGUACCGAAA